AUGACGAUCUUUAUUGCGUCACUCUUCCUCCCCUACACGAUCAACUUCCAAGUCGACACGUCGCAAGAACGUCCUGUCGAACCAACACCGCCCAAUGCUGCUGCGGCGGUGACCGACACCGUGGCACCACUGCCGGCGGCGGCCAGUCUCUUCGAAAAGAACAACCCUAAACCGCAACCUGCCCUUACGCCCGGCGCCACGACCGAUCAUGAGAGAAUCUUUGCGAGUAAUCUGCUCAAAGCGGAGAGUGAACGUUCUGGAUACCCAUUUCCAUCCUCUGCGGCCGAGGCCCAGCUGCUGACCGAAAGUGAAGCCCAUUCUCCAGCCUGGGGUGCCACGACCUCCCUCAAUCAACCCCCCAAGGCUUCCACCCUCAUUCCUCCCUCUCCCUCCAUCCUGAAACAUCAGGAUCUCGUCAUCUCACCCAACGAGAAACCUGUGCCCACCAAACCCUCCGUGUCGGCACCCGUGCCCCCACUGGGCGCCAAAAAGCCCAAGCCCGGUGAGCGCAAGAUUUCCUUUUCUCGAGCCGAGUGGUCGAUUGAGACGGCGGAACAAGGCAAUGGUGGUCUGCGCAAUGCGGUACGAUCGGCGAGGGAAACAGGAUCUCUGCGAGACAUGAUGUGGGUGGGUACGCUGGGGAUGCCGACGGACGCCCUGGGCCAGUGGACUCGCAAUGAUAUCGCCGAGCGCUUGGAGGAUGAAUACAACUCUUUGACCGUCUUUGUGAACGACAGUGACUUUGACGGCCAUUACACCCACUUUUGCAAGACCAUUCUGUGGCCGGUCUUCCACUACCAGAUUCCGGACAACCCCAAGAGCAAGGCCUACGAGGACCAUUCGUGGAUCUACUACGUCAAGCUCAACCAAGCCUUUGCAGAACGGAUUGCAAAGAACUGGAAGCGUGGAGAUGCGAUCUGGGUCCAGGAUUAUCACCUGCUGCUGGUGCCCGCGAUGCUGCGAAAGAUGCUGCCAGAUGCGCAGAUCGGCUUCUUCCUGCAUAUCGCCUUCCCUUCGUCGGAAGUGUUCAAGUGCCUGGCUCCUCGCAAGGAGCUCCUGGAGGGAAUGCUGGGGGCCAACCUGAUUGGGUUCCAGACGGACGAGUAUUGCCGUCACUUUUUGCAGACCUGCAGUCGUAUCCUGUGCGUGGAAGCCACGAAUGAGGGCAUCCAGAUGGAGGACCGAUUCAUCAAUGUCGGUACCUUCCCCAUUGGUAUCGACCCGACCUCGUGGGACAAGCGUCGCAAGGCGUUGGAUGUCGAGUCCUGGGUGGAUACCAUCUCCGAUCGCUACCGCGGCAAGCGACUGAUUGUCUCGCGCGACAAGAUUGAUUCGGUGCGCGGAAUUCGCCAGAAGCUCCUCAGCUACGAGCUCUUCCUCAACACGUAUCCCGAGUGGGCGGAGAAGGUGGUUCUUAUCCAGGUCGCCACCAGCACCACCGAACAGCCCGAAUUGGAAGCAAUGAUCUCCGAUAUUGCCAUGCGCAUCAAUUCGACCCAUUCGACGCUCGCCCAUCAACCGCUCGUCUUUUUGAAGCAAGAUUUGGCCUUCCCGCAGUACUUGGCUCUCAUUACCGUCGCAGAUGCCUUGAUGAUCACCAGUCUUCGCGAAGGUAUGAACUUGACCAGUCAUGAGUUUGUCUACUGCCAGGACGGCAGCUACGGUGAUAAAAAGUACGGCUCGCUUAUCUUGAGCGAGUUCACCGGCAGCGCGUCCGUCUUUGGAAACCACGCGCUGUUGGUGAACCCAUGGGACUACCGACAAUGCUCCGAGGCGAUCCACACGGCGCUGACGCGGGAUGAGGCCAAGCGCAAGCAAGUCUGGGAGGAGUUGCACCGGGCGGUGCUGCAAAACUCGACGGCCAACUGGGUGAAAUCGUUCCAUGAGACCUUGACGAAUGUGUGGAAUGAACAGUCUUCGCGUGAGAUCAUGGCCGUUCCCCGGCUUUCGGUGCCUCGACUCAUCGAACAGUACAAGGACUCCAAACGUCGUCUCAUGAUUGUGGAUUAUGAGGGCACGCUGGCCUCAUGGGGGUCCCCUCGCAGUAUCAUUUUGACGACCCCGCAACGGGCCAUCACCACACUGACCGAAUUGACCGAUGACCCAAACAAUAUUGUCUACGUGAUGAGCUCGCGCAUGCCGGAGGAGAUGGAACGGCUCUUCCGUCAGGUGAACAACCUUGGCCUGAUCGCCGAGAAUGGUUGUUUCACGCGUGAGCCGAACGGAGAGAAGUGGACUCACCUCGCCGACAAGGAUCAUGUCCAAAACUGGAAGUCUCCGGUGUCUCAGAUUCUGUCCUACUUCAAGGAUCGCAUCGAGGGUAGUUGGAUUGAGGAGCGACAUUGCUCGCUGGUCUUCCACUACGGCUCUGCCGAGGACCGUGGUGUCGCCGCCCGGCUGGCCGCAGAAUGUGCGGAUCACAUCAACGAUGCCUGCAAGACUCAGCACGUGCACGCCAUCCCCAUCGAGGGAGCCCUGAUUGUCGAGACUGCCGGUACCAACAAGGCGUCGGCUGCAGAGCUUGUGUGGCGCUGGUGCCUGGAAGAUCCGGAGAAGAAGGACGUUGGCAAGCCCGACUUCUUGCUGGUCAUUGGAGACAAUCGCGAGGACGAGCCGGUUUUCCGAUGGGCGAACAAGUUGAAGACAGCCAAGGCCGUCGACUAUGCGAUGACCGUCACUCUGGGAUCGCGCAGCACCGAAGCCAAGUCUACCUUGACUCAAGGAGUAACGGGUGUUCUUUCCUGCCUGCAACAAUUGGCCGCAUCCACCGUCAAGUCCGGCCCGGUCUCUUAG